GUUCCCAUACAUUUCCACAGCACUAGUUUGUUGUGAUAAAAUAAAUUAUUGUCAAAUUGUAUAUUUUUUACGUCCAAGUUAUCAAUGUUUUCCACCAACAUUAGAACAUAUUGUUUUUGAGAUGUGAUUCAAAUAAAACGUUUAUAAAUUUCUUUGAAUGCCGCCUAAGCAUGCGAUGUAUUUUAUGCGGAAUAGGAGUGAUAAGAGCAGGCGAACUCCAAGACAUUAAGAAAAAAUCACCUUUUUCAAAAAAAUCUGUUGUCUCAAUUAUCAGUUAUUUAGCAAAAUCAGCUAAACCACCUAUAGAUGUUACAUGGGCUGACCAAUUGGACGAAUGUUAUGUUUGCAAAAGUUGUUUCUACGAUAUUUUAUUAUAUGAUGAAUAUAUGGUUAAGCUGUUGGAAGUACAAAAGCGUAUUAUAUUGUCUUUAAGAAGUCCGCAGCACACUGAAGAGUUUCUAACAAUUCAAACUUUGGAUGAAUGUGUGGAUGCUAGCAAUUUUACAACUGAAAAUGUUGAAAUUAGUUUUCAAAAUGCAACUGAUGCUUGUGAUUCUGGUGAUGAAAAUAUUAGCGCUUCUCUGGACGAUAACGUAUUUGUGGAAAAUCCUAAUAAAGAAAGCGAUAUUUCGGAAAGUUUCAAUGACGAUGCUGAAGAAUUCGAAUCAGAUAAAGAACCAACUACUAGUACACGCAGGUACAAUGUUCAACCCGCUAAGUGUGAAACGUGUGGAAAAGUUUUUAAAAACAAGUCGCGUUUACGCAGGCACAUAAAUAUUGUACAUAAACCAUCUAAACAAAUUUUCAAAUGUGAAAUUUGUGGGAAAAGAGCGAAAGAUGAGGAAUAUUUAGAGUUGCAUAUGAAUAUACAUGAGGGGAAAUCCGAUUUGGAAUGCCGGUUCUGUAACAAAAAAUAUGCUCGCAAAAUAAAUGUAAUUCGACAUAUGCACAAACAUUGGGAUAAAAAAAAUGUGCAGUGCGAAAGAUGUGGACUACGUUUUUCGGAAUUACCACUUUACUAUAAUCACAAAUUACAGCACGAAGCAGAAGAUCAACCUCUAAUAUGUGAAGUAUGUAAUCAAUCAUUUAAAACCCGUCGGACGUAUCGAAACCAUCUAUGGGUACAUCGUGAAGAUCGCCCACGAUUUAGCUGUGAGAUUUGUGGAAAAACAUUUGUAGAAAAAUAUACACUUAAAGUACAUUUAAAAAGUCAUAGUGAGGAAGGAGAACGUAGUAGAGGACGAAGAAAAAGAAAAUUAUCUCAACAUGACGAUAAGUCAUUUGAAUGUAUUAUCUGUGGCGAUCAAUUUUCCGCACAAGAGUUAUGUGAUCAGCAUAUGAAAGUGGAACAUGAUGUUAUUUUAAAAUCUGAAGACUUGAUUGAGUAAUUGUGAACAUUAUGUAUGUAUAUCGUUUUAAUGUGUAUAUUUAUUUUAUCAAAUCCGAAUUAAUUCUUAGUGAAACGUAAAGUAAUCCAAAAAUAUUUAUGUAAAAAUUAUGCUGGUCAUUUGAAAAAAAAAACUUAUUCUAACAACUAUAGUUUCUUCAUUAUUCAAAAUUAAAAAUAUAAAAUUUUUAAGCCAUGUAAAAUGCAGCAUCUGUCAGUUUAGAACCAAUAUGUGUGUAA